AACGGGUACCCGUCGCGCCGCCGCUCCCUGGUGGACGACGCGCGCUUCGAGUCCCUCGUGGUGAGGCAGACCAAACAGAGCGUGCUCGAGGAGGCUCGCCAGCGCUGCAACGACUGCAGAGACGCCGACGCCCCCUGCGACUAUUGCUACUCGCUCACCACACAGAUUGGCUCCGACGGCGAAGAGGUCGAAGAUUGCUCGCGCUCCAUCGACGACGAACACGAGACUAACGAGGACGAACAGCAGACCGUCUUUUCCGACGAGAGCGACGACGACGACGAGCAGCAGACGACACUCGACGAUGAUGACUCCGGACUGACCGAGGAGGAGGUGUUCCUGGCCAAUGCCGCCGCCGAGAACAAGGAUGCCGAGAACGCGGUGCAGCGCGCGUCACUCGUGCUGCGCAUCAGGGAGAGCGGCGGCUCGCUGUCCCGCAUCCUCAAGACCGUGGAGAACCUCAAGGGGACGGUGGUCCAGCUCGAGUCGCGGCCCUCCAAGACCCCCGGCUGCCAGCUCGACAUCCUCGUCACCCUCGACAUGGCGCGCACCGCGCUGCUGCAGCUGCUGCGCUCGCUGCGCCAGUCGGGCGCGCUCGCCGGCGUCACCCUGCUCAGCGAGAACAAGGUGGACGCCAAGGAGGCCUGGUUCCCGCGCCACGCCCGCGACCUGGACAACUGCAACCACCUCAUGACCAAGUACGAGCCCGAGCUCGACAUGAACCACCCGGGCUUCGCCGACAAGGCGUACCGCGAGCGCCGCAAGAAGAUCGCCGAGAUCGCCUUCAGCUACAAGUACGGCGACCCCAUCCCGCACAUCGAGUACAACGAGGACGAGAUCUCCACCUGGACCUCCGUGUUCCGCACCGUCGUCGACCUGCUGCCCAAGCACGCCUGCGCCGAGUACAACCGCGUCUUCCAGCUGCUCCAGGAUGAGGGCAUCUUCCGCGAGGGCGCCAUUCCCCAGCUCAAGGACAUGUCCGACUUCCUGCAGCGCCACACGGGCUUCACGCUGCGGCCCGCCGCCGGCCUGCUGACCGCGCGCGACUUCCUCGCCUCCCUCGCCUUCCGCGUGUUCCAGAGCACGCAGUACGUGCGCCACCCCACCUCGCCCUUCCACACACCCGAGCCGGACUGCAUCCACGAGCUGAUUGGACACAUGCCCCUGCUCGCCGACCCCAGCUUCGCCCAGUUCUCCCAGGAGAUCGGUCUGGCGUCGCUGGGCGCGUCCGACGCCGAGAUCGAGAAGCUGUCCACCGUCUACUGGUUCACGGUGGAGUUCGGUCUGUGCAAGGAGAAGGGCGUCGUCAAGGCGUACGGCGCGGGCCUGCUGUCGGCCUACGGUGAGCUUCUGCACGCCGUGAGCGACAAGCCCGAGCACCGACCCUUCGAGCCCGCCAGCACGGCCCUGCAGCCCUACCAGGACCAGGAGUACCAGCCCAUCUACUACGUCGCCGAGAGCUUCGAGGACGCCAAGCAGAAGUUCCGCAAGUGGGUGUCCACCAUGAGCAGGCCGUACGAGGUGCGCUUCAACCCGCACACGCAGCGCGUCGAGGUGCUCGACAGCGUGGAGGGCCUCGAGGGCCUGCUCAGCCAGCUGCACCUCGAGAUGAUGCACCUCACGAACGCCGUCAACAAGAUCAAGGCGGGCUUCUAGGCUCGCACCCCACCACCUCUCUCUCAUCUCAUCCUUUAAUUUAUCGCUUUCUUUCUCGACUUGAACUAUUA